AUGGUGAGCAAGGCGCUACUGCGCCUCGUGUCUGCCGUCAACCGCAGGAGGAUGAAGCUGCUGCUGGGCAUCGCGCUGUUCGCCUACGUCGCCUGUGAGUGCGCGCCGGUGGCUGGCGGGGGAGCCUCAUUCAUUCCCCGGCGCCCCAGCGCUGAGACGGCGGGGCCGGGGGUGGGGAGGCGGGCUCUGUGCGGCCCCGGGGCGGCCCUGCAGCCGGGUCUUCCUCCCCGCCGGGACCUGCGCUUCCUGUUUCCACCCUUUUCCGGGGGCUUCGGACACCUCUCUCCAUUUCCACUUUUGCGGCAAAGCACCCAGCCAACUUGGACGCAGCCCCUCGACCGCUUAGGCCCUGGCGCGGAGACCGGGCGGCCCGGCGGAGGGUCCCUUGCCCCGGGGCGCGGUGACCGCGGGACCCCGCCCGGCGGCGGCUCUGCGGUCCUCGGCGGACCCCGCGUACCGCGGCCCCAGUUCACUGCCCCAAGUCUCCCCUCCCCGACGCGUGGAACUGCUGUGCAAGUCGCUCCCAGAGCCGGCGAGGGGGACGUCCCGGCCGGCGAUUCCGGACCGUUCCGCGCGGGGACACCCUGGAGACACCCGCGGUCAUGCCGCGGAGCCGUGUUGGUUAAGUCUAUCCAGGAAAAUGGCGAACUAAAAAUCGAAAGGAAGAUUGAAGAGAUUGUUGAACCACUGAGAGAGAAAAUAAGAGACUUGGAAAAAAGCUUCACCCAGAAAUACCCGCCAGUAAAAUUUUUAUCAGAAAAGGAUCGUAAACGAAUUUUGAUAACUGGAGGAGCGGGGUUCGUGGGUUCCCAUCUCACUGACAAACUCAUGAUGGAUGGCCACGAGGUGACCGUGGUGGACAACUUCUUCACGGGCAGGAAGAGAAACGUGGAGCACUGGAUCGGCCACGAGAACUUCGAGCUGAUUAACCACGAUGUGGUAGAGCCCCUCUACGUUGAAGUUGACCAGAUAUACCACCUGGCCUCUCCAGCCUCCCCUCCAAACUACAUGUAUAACCCCAUCAAGACACUAAAGACAAACACGAUCGGGACAUUAAACAUGCUGGGGCUGGCAAAGCGAGUCGGUGCUCGUCUGCUCCUGGCCUCCACGUCAGAGGUGUAUGGAGAUCCUGAAGUCCACCCCCAAAGUGAGGAUUACUGGGGCCACGUGAACCCGAUAGGCCCCCGGGCCUGCUACGAUGAAGGGAAACGUGUUGCGGAGACCAUGUGCUAUGCCUACAUGAAGCAGGAAGGCGUAGAAGUGCGAGUGGCAAGGAUUUUCAACACGUUUGGGCCGCGCAUGCACAUGAACGACGGCCGGGUCGUCAGCAACUUCAUCCUGCAGGCGCUCCAGGGCGAGCCGCUCACGGUGUAUGGAUCCGGGUCACAGACCAGGGCCUUCCAGUAUGUCAGGUAAGACCGCUGGGCCUGCUGCGGGCAGCCCGGCCUUCGCGGUGAUUCCAGCAGGGCUGGUGCAGACCGAACAGGCAGUGCCUGUUGUACACAGUAAUUGUCUUCACAACUCUAGCAAUGCGGCUUGGUGAAAAGUGCAUUUUAAUUUUAAGAUGCUAAUCCUUUACUGCCACCUAGUGUUCGGUAGGUAAACUUGCCCAGCUUUGAGGUAACGGUGGUUUUAGUUCAGGCCAACUCAAGAUUUGGCCUUAAUCAUCCAUGAAACCUAGAUUCCAAAAUCAGACCCAUUUUAAACACGGCUUUUGGGGGUGGAUGAGAUUGUCCUCAUUAAGGCAAAG